AUGUCAGCGCGCCUCAUCGAGGAAGCCGGCUUCGAUGCCGUGAUGACAUCGGGCUUCGGUAUUUCGGCUUCUUUCCUCGGCGAACCGGAUGCCGAACUCUACACGAUGACGGAAAACCUGACCGUCGUGCGCAAUGUCGCCGGCGCGAUCGAUGUGCCGCUUGUUGCCGAUAUCGACACCGGCUACGGCAACGCCAUCAACGUCAUGCGCACCGUUCGCGAGUUUGAGGCCGCCGGCGCAAGCGCGGUCAUUCUGGAGGAUCAGCUCGCGCCCAAGCGCUGUCCGAUCUGCGUGGGCGGUGUCGAGGUGAUUUCCAGCGAGGAGGCCGAGGCCAAGAUCGCCGCCGCCGCGGCCGCGCGGCGCAACCCCGAUACGCUGAUCGUCGCGCGCACCGACGUCGUCGACCCGGCCGAGGCGAUCGCCCGCGGCAAGGCCUAUGUAGCCGCCGGCGCCGACAUCAUUCAGCCUAUCUCCAAGUGCUUCAGCUCGAUCGACGGCCUGCGGGCCAUGCGGGAAGGCUGCGGCGUACCCUUGUCGUUGCAGCUUCUGGGCUGGCUGGAAAAGGACCUGUCGCCAGACGAGGUCGCCGAGGUCGCGGGACUUGCCACAUUUCCGCUUGUGCCGCUGAUGACCGCCGCCAAGGCGUUGCGCGAGAACCUCGAAGUGCUUGCCCGUGACCGAAGCGCCGCCGCGCUGCCCCGCCCGGUCGUUGCGCACAAUGAUUUCAUCGAUUUCAUCGGCUUUCCGCAGAUCGAGGAACUGCAGAUGAAGUAUCUCAAAGACAGACCAUAA